CUGGGUUGCACGUGGGACCCACUAAAUCCUCAGCCUCCACCAACACAACCACCAUCAUCUUCCCCAAAUUCUCACGUCGUCGCCUCCCUUUCAUUCCCUCUCAUCUCAUCAAAAAACCCCUAAUUUAACCAGAAAUUCUACUGAAAAAAUCGAUCGAGCCGAGCCCCAUAUGUGAAAUUUUCCCCCUUUUGUUCCCAGGCAAUCUCCAAACGCUCUGUAGAAGGGAGAACAAUUCGUAUCUCAAAGGGGAAAAAUUCAAGAAAAAGGGCAGAAAAGUAGGAGUAAUUUCAUCAGAAAANAAAAAAAAAAAAGAAAAAAUAAAAUGGGUGUGGAUUACUACAACAUUCUCAAGGUCAACCGCAACGCGAGCGAGGACGACCUGAAGAAGGCCUACCGCCGGCUUGCCAGGAUCUGGCACCCAGACAAGAACGCCAACAAGCACGAGGCCGAGGCCAAGUUCAAGCAGAUCUCCGAGGCCUACGACGUCCUCAGCGACCCCCAGAAGCGCCAGAUCUACGAUCUGUACGGAGAGGAGGGCCUCAAAUCCGGCCAGUUCCCCCCGCCGCCGCCGCGAGGCUCCCGGGCGGCGCACGGGAACCAGGGUUUCCACUACAACAGCCAGCAGCACCCGAACCCUAAUUUCCGAUUCAACCCGAGGGACGCGGACGAUAUCUACGCGGAGAUUUUUGGUGAGAACAGCGGUGGGGGUGCCGGAGGCGGCGGCGGCGGCGGUAGUGGGGGUGCUAGGAGGGACGGGCAUUUCAGGAGCACAGCGAUGAAUGGCGGUGGUAGGGAUUAUGGUUCAGGUGGCGGGGGUGGGUCAAGGAAGGCCCCGCCGGUGGAGAAUGUGUUGAUGUGUAGUUUGGAAGAGUUGUACUCUGGUUCUACGAGAAAGAUGAAGAUUUCAAGGAAUGUUCUUGAUUCUCAAGGCUAUGCUUGGUAUCAGAAUUAUAUGCCCUCGGUUUUAUAUUCCUAUCCCCCCUGGACUGUUAAAGAUCUCAUUUUUGCAUUGACACCGAGUCUCCAAAAGUUGGACUCCACUAGCUGUCAAGAUAAAUUUGCUACAGAAGUAGGAGGUUCUUACACUUUUCCUUCAUGUGGUGAAAUUGCUAUACCUAUUCUUCAAAAACCUUGCUUCUCUUUGAGUAAGCUCCGGGUUUUGGAGGAGAUCCUAACUAUCGACAUAAAACCCGGUUGGAAAAAGGGCACAAAAAUCACUUUCCCUGAAAAGGGCAACGAAGAACCCGGCAUAAUUCCAGCUGACCUCAUUUUCGUGUUAGACGAAAGACCUCAUCCAGUUUACACGAGAGAUGGUAAUGAUUUAAUCGUGAGACUCGAAAUAACACUGCUCGAAUCAUUAACUGGAAAGACAAUUGAGCUCACCACACUCGAUGGAAGGAAUAUUACAGUGCCCUUAACAGAAAUCGUCAAACCUGGGCACGAGAUUGCUGUCCCGAACGAAGGUAUGCCCGUUUCAAAAGAUCCCAGGAAAAAGGGAGCUCUGAAGAUUCAAAUCGAUGUCAGGUACCCAAAACGGCUGACUGAAUCACAAAAAUAUGAAUUGAGGAGAGUUUUGGGAGGAAAUUCUUGAUCAUUUUUUAAAAGAGAUGGUAUAAGUGAAGGUUAGAUAAUCGAGCAUUCGGGUGUAAAUACAAAAAACAAUGCAUGCUAGUUAAAAUGCUUGGGUGUGUUAGAAAGGAUAUGCAAUGAGGGCUUGAAGGGGAGAUGAAUUGCAAAUGCUAUCUCUCUCACUUGUUGCAGGAAGUGGACUUGUAGGCCAAAAUUUAGUUGGCUUGCUUGCUUAUCGGUCUCAAGAGGUUAUUGUUUUGAUUUAUUAGCAAUCGGCAUACAUGGAAACUAGAUAUUCUCGGGGUUUUUUUAGCUGCAGAUGAUUCGUAUUCUUGUUGCCGAGAGAAUUGUUUUAAGUUUUUGUGUUUAUUUUGAAUCAACUGGAAAUAAAAGGUUCAAUUCACAUCGGUAGCAUUUUUUUGGCUUAUCCCAGAUAUUUAUUAAUGUUUGCA